AUGGCAGGACAACCAGAGCAGUCGUCUCCUAUGGAUCAGGGGAGACCCCGGCAAAGGCAAAACAAUGCUUCUGUGCGGCAUCAUCGACGAAUUGACCCAAUGUAUCGGCGGGGAUACGACGAAUAUAUCUUUUUUUUCUGCCAAGCUACUGAUGUGCGAAUCAAUAACGCCACAGCCGUCCUCCGUGGCUUGAUAUAUUCGUUAAUUCAGAAACGGCCAACUCUUCCCUCCCAUGUACGGAGCCGGUACGACCAAGCGGGAAAGACGCUGUUUAAGGACAUAAACGCAUGGAAUGUCCUUUCGAAAAUCUUCACCGAUAUAUUGAGAGAUCCGGUUUUACAGAAUAUUUAUUUGGUGAACGAUGCGCUGGACGAGUGCAUAACAGAUCUCCCUUUCCUUCUGGACUUGAUUGUUCGGGAAUCGUCCACCCACUCGCACGUGAAGUGGAUUGUCUCAAGCCGUAACUGGCCUGAUACUGAAGAACAUCUGGAUACUGCAGCUCAGACAGCGCCGAUUUCAUUGGAACUAAAUGAGGCAUCUGUAUCUGACGCUGUAAGAAAGUUCAUUCAGCAUAAGGUUGAUCAGUUGACAAAAGUCAAAAAAUAUAAAGAUGAAGUCCGUGAUAUUGUCAGCGGUCACAUGUUGGGAAACUCGCAGGGCACUUUCCUCUGGGUGGCCCUGGUUUGUCAAGAUCUCAGCCGAACAUCGAGGAGGCAUGUCCUGAAGAAACUUAACGAGCUCCCUCCUGGACUGGAUGCAUUAUACUGCCGAAUGAUUGAUCAGGUUCGGAAGUCGGAAGAUGCUGAGCUCUGCAAGCGAAUACUGGCUGUCAUGUCAAUAGUGUAUCAGCCGAUCGCCCUUCCUGAACUGGCCACCCUGAUUGAGACACCUGAUGAUCUCUCUGAUGACCAAGAAGAUUUACUGGAGAUUAUCGCAACUUGCGGCUCAUUCCUGACAUUACAUGAGAACGUUAUUGUUUUCAUCCAUCAGUCCGCAAAAGAUUUUCUGCUCGAAAUGUCGCAAGAUAAACUCUUUGCCAAAGGUAGAGAAGCUGAGCAUUAUGCUAUCUUCUCACGAUCUCUACAAUCGUUAUUCAAGACGCUUCGGCGUAAUAUCUUUGAUAUAAAGUUUGUUGGAAUGGCGAUUGAGGAAGUCACACAACCUAGCCCAGAUCCUUUAGCAGGCGCAGGUUGGCGUGAUGAUGACGAAAACCACGGCCCUCAAAAUGGAGAGUAUCUGUGCUCUUUUCCGGGACAGAAAUAUCUUCAUUUGCUAGAAGCUCUUAGUAUUUUGCGAAGCUUAUCUCGAGGUAUAACGGCUAUGCUGAAGCUUGAAGAGUUACUGCAGGAGAAAGGCGAGCACCGGGCCCAAUUAGACAAAAUCCAAGACGCAUCACGAUUCAUCCGAUACCACAGACAAGGAAUUGAAUGUUGUCCGCUUCAAGUAUAUAAUGCAGCCCUUAUCUUCAGCCCGACUCAAAGUACCACGAGGACAAUCUACCAAAUUGAGAAACCUGGGUGGGUCAUGAAUAGCCCAGUGGUAGAUGAGACUUGGAAUUCGUGUCUUCAAACCCUUGAGGGCCAUGGUGACUCUAUCUGGUCAAUCGCCUGGUCGCCCGAUGGAAGCCGCAUCGCAUCCGCGUCAGGGGAUAGAACUGUCAGGAUUUGGGAUCCGGCCACUGGCCAACCCGAAUCAAGCCUCGAGGGGCACAGUGACUCAGUCCGCACGAUCGCCUGGUCACCAAGUGGAAACCGACUUGCAUCAGUAUCGUUCAGAAAGGCUGUUAGGAUCUGGGAUCCGACCACCGGCCAGCUGGAAUCAACCCUCGAGGGGAAUAGUGAACAAAUCAGCACAAUUGCCUGGUCGCCCGACGGAAGCCAGCUCGCAUCCGCGUCGGAUAACAAAACCAUCAAAAUUUGGAAUCCGGCCACCGGUGAAUGCAUAUCUAUCCUCGAGGGGCAUAGUGGCUCCGCCCGAUCAAUCGCAUGGUCGCCAGAUGGAAAACGACUUGCAUCAGCGUCGCAAGAUAAGUCUCUUAGAAUCUGGGAUCCGGCCACUGGCUAG